AUGCUGGGCGGGUCCGGUCUCCAGGGACGUGGCAUUAUGCCCGCUAUUUCCCGGCAGCGAUUGACUGCCUCCUCGCGCUCUAGCCGCUCGAUGUCCUCCUUCCGGCCUCCGAUAUCUGGGUUUCCGGUUCGCUAUGGGCGACCGAAUCAGUCUGUAAUGGGGAGUCGUUCCUGGAAGCCCGCCUCACCUACCCUCAGUACUAUCGCCAACGCUCGAUUCAACUCGACUUCGUCUACCACGUUGCUUGCCGGCCAGGCCGCCGAUGCGGCUCCUCCGGCAAACGCCUCCGGGAUUCCUGAUCUGUCGGUCACUGACAUCAAUGCAAUACCCGAGAAUAUUGGAUAUCUCAAAGAGUUGGGCCUCGACUACGGCUGGGGACCAUCGUCCCUCGUGGAAUUCAUCAUCGAACAUUUCCACAUCUGGGGAGGCCUGCCAUGGUGGGCCAGUAUUAUCGGAACCGGCAUACUCAUCCGGCUGGCGCUGUUGAAGCCGAUGCUUGGGGCGGCGGAUACUGCGACUCGACUAAACAAUAUCAAACCCCUUCUCGACCCACUCCGAGCUAAGAUGGGCCGCCUCAUGCAGGAAGGCAAACGUGAAGAGCUCGUGCAGACGAGAGCAGAACUGAGCGCGUUACAAAAGGCUCACGGUGUCAAACCCUACAAAGCCUUCCUUCCAAUGCUUCAGAUCCCCUUUGGAUUUGGUUGCUACCGGGUUGUUAAGGGUAUGACUUCGUUGCCAGUACCAGGAUUGGCCAUGGAAUCGGUUGGUUGGUUAAAGGAUCUGACCAUUGCGGACCCGUACUUUGUUCUUCCGGCAUGCUCGGCACUGUUCCUGUACCUGUCUCUGCGGAAAGGAGGAGAAACCGGGACGAACCAGUUUCGAGAUUCUUCAUUUGGAAAGAUGGUACUUUUCGGAUUCCCAGCUAUCUCCUUCACCUUCAUGUCCUUCUUCCCGAGCGCACUCCAGCUCUACUUCGUCGCCACGGGUUUCGUGGGUCUAACGCAGGCCUACGUACUCGGCUCUCACUCGUUCCGAAAUUUCGCCGGCAUUGCCCUUCCCCAGCGGGUCCUGAGCCCAGAACAAGCAGCAGCGCAGCAGCGCAAGACAAUCCGCCUGCUGGCGGAUAGUUCGGAGGCCCCCGCGAAGGCCACGAACCAGGCACCAAAGGCCGUGGCACCGAGCUGGAUCGACCGCACCGCCCAGUCUGCCGUUAAGUUCCAAAAGGAGGUUGUGACCGAAGUGACUGAGAAGUUGAACCAAGCCCGCGGCAAGGCGCCGGCCACUAAUGCCGACGGGUCUCCUAUCCAGGGCCCCCGGCUCAGCGAGAAGGAUCGCAAACUGGCGAGCGACUACGAGCAGCGGAGACGGGAGGAAGAUGAGUGGAAGCGGGAGGAAAGGAACCACGCACGUCGGGAAGCCCAUGCAAAAGCCCUGGAGGCUGAAAGGGAGAGGGCCCGUUUGGCGUUCCGGGAUGCCCAAAAGAAGGCAUCUACCAAUCAACGGUGA